UAUGAAUUCCAAGCUCGGGACAAAAGUAGGGUAAAGGUAGCCAAAAAUACAGCAGAGAAACAAAACCUGGAGGAGCUACAGAUGGUUUAGUUUUUUUUAUUUUUAAGAAGGAAUACCUUGAGUUUGCUUAGGUGCACUGAACAAUAAACUGUUGGUUUUACUAAUUUUCCAGCAGAAAAGAAAACUGCAUUUCAGACAUUCAGAUCAUCAAACAGGAAGAAAAGAAACAGAGGGAAGCAUAUUUCUUCUGGCUUAUGACAACAAGAAUUACUGCUCUAGAAAAUGGAAGAAAAAACUCUCCAAAACAUGAGAAUAAGGAUGCAACACUGAUACACCUGUGAUUCUGAAUUUUUAAAAAAGUUUUCAAAAGAUCACUAUGCUCCAACUUGAGUACCUCUGCAUGCUAUGGUGUUAUAAUAAUUCAGAGGUGCUGGUGAGCCCUACAUAAACCAAAUGUCUUUUUAAUUGAAAAAUCUUUUCAAAACAACAGAUUGAAGAAUAAGUUUUAGGUGACUGGGUGGGGAUAGGAAAUAAAGCAGUGAGAGACACUUCACAGAAAUUCAGGCUCAGGUGAAGGAAACAGUGAAGUGGAAUUUGGAGUAUCUGAGGAACAGGACAAGAAACCCAAGAAGAAGAAAGCCUCCAGAAAGUAGAAAAAUAUGGCAAUAAUGAAGGAGAUUCUCCGAUCCAGAAAUCUCUUCCUUGUUGUUCUCAUCCCACUUCUUCUGCUACCUCUGCCACUCUUAUACCCCAGAAGUCAGGAAGCCUCGUGUGCCUACGUGCUGAUCGUGACAGCUGUAUUCUGGGUCUCUGAAGCAGUACCUCUUGGUGCAGCAGCCUUAGUUCCUGCUUUCCUAUACCCACUUUUUGGAGUCAUGAAAUCCAGCGAGGUGGCUGCUGAAUAUUUCAAGAACACAACUUUGCUCCUCAUGGGUGUGAUUUGUGUGGCAGCUUCUGUAGAAAAGUGGAACCUCCACAAGCGAAUCGCCCUGCGUAUGGUCAUGAUGGCUGGAGCAAAGCCAGGCAUGUUGCUGCUUUGCUUUAUGUGUUGCACCACGGUGCUCUCCAUGUGGCUUUCCAACACAUCCACCACAGCCAUGGUAAUGCCAAUUGUGGAGGCAGUGCUCAAGGAACUAGUGAAUGCUGAGGAGGAACAUGAGCUCACCAGUACUGCAGGCAGCACCGUUAUGGAAGAAAACGAGCCAAUAGGUCUCGGCGAAAAGCAUGGUCGACCUUCUCUGGAGCUUAUCUUCAUCAAUGAGGAUGCUACUACUACUGACUUCAGCUCCUUGAUGCACUCAAAGGUAUUGUCACAGAGUAUGAAUGGUGUGCACAUGAUAGCCAACCCUAUUGGAACAAUGAAUUCUAAGAGCAAUGGGCAGCACAUACCUCAGGCUCAGAUAUUGGUCCUGCCUCCUACACACUCAGAACUGGGCCUGAGCACAAAGUCUCAGUAUCAGACCAGACAUGACCACAUGGUUUGUAAAUGCCUCUCCCUGAGUAUCUCCUAUGCUGCAACCAUUGGAGGACUGACAACCAUCAUAGGGACCUCCACCAGCCUCAUAUUCUUAGAGCACUUCAACAACCACUACCCGGAUGCUGAAGUGUUGAAUUUUGGAACCUGGUUUUUGUUCAGUUUUCCCAUCUCCCUCAUCAUGUUGGUCCUGACCUGGCUCUGGAUGCAUUGGCUGUUCUUGGGUUGCAAUUUUAAAGAGACCUGUUCUGUGAGUAAGAAGAAGAAGACCAAACGGGAAGAAUUGUCAGAGAGAAGAAUUCAAGAAGAAUAUAAGAAACUUGGAAAUGUUAGCUAUCCUGAGAUGGUGACUGGGUUUUUCUUCAUUCUGAUGACCUUGCUUUGGUUUACUCGUGAGCCUGGCUUUGUACCAGGAUGGUCAUCUUUUUUUGAGAAGAAAGGUUACCGGACUGAUGCCACUGUCUCUGUAUUCCUUGGUUUUCUUCUUUUCCUCAUUCCAGCAAAAAAGCCAUGUUUUGGAAAAAGGGAAAAAGGAGAUGGUGAAAAGUCAACAGACACCAGCACACUGGAUCCCAUCAUUACCUGGAAGGACUUCCAGAAAACCAUGCCCUGGGAGAUUGUAGUGCUGGUUGGAGGGGGUUAUGCCUUAGCAGCUGGAUGCAAGACCUCUGGGCUCUCAACAUGGAUUGGACGCCAAAUGCUUUCCCUGAGCAGCCUUCCCUACUGGGCUGUGACUCUGCUGGCCUGCAUUUUGGUGUCCCUGGUAACAGAGUUUGUUAGUAAUCCAGCAACCAUAACCAUCUUUCUGCCUAUUUUAUGCAGCAUGUCAGAAACCCUGCUUAUCAACCCUUUAUACACCCUGAUUCCUGUCACCAUGUGUAUCUCAUUUGCUGUGAUGCUGCCAGUGGGGAAUCCUCCAAAUGCCAUUGUCUUCAGUUAUGGGCACUGCCAGAUUAAAGAUAUGGUAAAAGCUGGCUUGGGUGUAAACCUGAUUGGCCUGGCUGUUGUCAUGGUGGCAAUCAACACGUGGGGAAUCAGACUGUUCCAGCUGAAUACCUUUCCAGAAUGGGCAUCAGUCAGCAACAUCACCAGUCGAACAUAAUCUCCAAUG